AUUAUAUAAUCAUUAUUAAGCUUUAAACACGUUGCCCUUUGCUUGUAACAUCAGAAUAGUCAGAUUCAGGGGCCAUGCUACAAAACAAAUACAAAAAUUAGAGUUUCGAAUUUUUCAAAAUUUUCACUAGUAUAUUCUACGAGUAUAUAUUUAGGCCUAAUGCUACAAUAAACUGCAUUCAAGAAUCAAAAUCACCUACCUUCCUAUAAUCUCAACCAUCACAAAAACAUAAAUAUGAAUUCAGCAACUGUUAAACAUGUCUCAGAAUGCUUCAUCAAACCAAAGUAUGAGGUGCAAGAAGCCAAGCAACCUUACUACUUGGCUCCCAUGGAUCUGGCCAUGCUCAAUUUCCACUAUAUUCAAAAGGGUCUUCUUUUCAUCAAACCUUCACACAUAAAUGAUCAAGAAUUUUCAGCUGACAAACUCCUUCAGAGUCUGAAAGAGUCACUUUCACUCACCCUCGUCCAUUUUUAUCCACUCGCAGGGAAGCUUGCCACACGUAUCAGCAAAAAUCGGCAUGAAUGCUUAGUUUUUGUAGAUUGCAAAAAGGGACCUGGAGCUAAGUUUAUCUAUGCCACAUUAGAUAUGACCAUAUCUGACAUUCUGUCACCAGUUGACGUUCCUCCGGUUGUUCAGUCACUUUUUGACCAUGAUCGGGCUAUUAACCAUGACGGCCAUAAAAGGCCACUGUUAUCAAUCCAGGUCACUGAGCUCAAGGAUGGGGUUUUUAUUGGUUGUUCCAUGAACCAUGUGGUUGUAGAUGGAACCUCAUACUGGCAUUUCUGGAAGAUAUGGUCCGAAAUACAUAGAGCUAAUGGCAAGCAGCUUCUUGUUUCACGUCUACCCAAUCAUAAACGUUGGUUUCCUGAUGGGUAUGGCCCGGUUAUCCCCCUCCCUUUUACUCAUCCUAAAGAAUUUGUAAGCAGGUAUGAAGUAGGGAAGCUCAGAGAGAGAAUCUUCCAUUUCUCCCCAGAGUCAAUAGCAAAACUAAAAGCCAAGGCCAACGAAGAAAGCAAUACCAACAACAUAUCCUCCUUCCAGAGCCUAUCAGCACUUGUCUGGAGGUCAACUGUUCGAGCAAACUGCCUACCUGAAGAUCAGAUCACAAAUUGCAGAUUUGCGGCCAAUAACAGACAGAGGUUAGAUCCUCCUCUGCCUCCAGAAUAUGUAGGAAACUGCGUUACUGCACUGAUAACUACCACUACUGCUGGUGAACUACUUGGACACAACUUAGGGUGGGCAGCGUCAUUGUUGCACCAGUCAGUGGUAAAUCACAGUGAUAAAACAGUGCACAAAUUCAUCAUCGGAUGGCUCCAGUCUCCUUUUGUUUACCAGCCAGGCAAGAUGUUUGAACCUUACAGUGUGAUGAUGGGAAGCUCUCCAAGGUUUGACAUGUAUGGAAACGAAUUUGGUCUUGGGAAAGCAGUAGCAGUUCGAAGUGGGUAUGCAAACAAAUAUGUCGGCAAAGUGACUGCCUACCCAGGAUAUGAAGGGGGAGGAAGUGUGGAUCUAGAGAUAUGUCUACCACCUAAAUCAAUGAGCGCUCUUGAAUCAGAUGAAGAAUUUAUGUCCGCUGCAACAAUACAGUACUAUGGAUACUAAAGAAAGCAUCCCCAAGGGACAUGAUAUGCAAACAACAUGGAAGAUAAAAUCUAUGGAACCAGCACAAUAUCCAUUUAAGACGAAUCUAAGCCUUUCAAGCCAGUAAUUGCCAAUCUUGUCUUUUUAUUGAUGAAGAUAUAACUGUAAAACAAUUGCUGUAUUCUGUAUUUCUGUAGGACUUAAAUGUAAAUAAAUACUGUUCCAAAAAGGAAAAAAAAAAAAAAAAAAACCUAAAAACUCAUAUGUAGCAAGAAAUUUAUGGUUUCCUCAAUAAGAUGAUUGUUGCUGA